AUGGAGAACGCCUUUGCCAAAAGCACCUCUGAGGUCCUGGAAUUCUUCUCGGUAUCUGAAGCUCGCGGAUUGACUGAGGCCCAAGUUCGAGCUUCAAGAGAGAAGUAUGGCAGCAAUGCAAUCGCGGAGGAUCCACCGACUCCCUUAUGGAAGCUGAUCCUUGAGCAAUUCAAGGACCAGCUUGUCAUUAUUCUUCUUGGAUCCGCCGUAAUCUCCUUCGUUCUGGCUCUCUUUGAAGAAGGUGGUGGCUGGACUGCUUUUGUAGAUCCCGCGGUUAUUCUUACGAUUCUAAUCCUUAACGCCGUCGUUGGUGUCUCGCAAGAGAGCAGUGCGGAAAAGGCCAUUGCUGCCCUCCAAGAAUACUCGGCGAACGAAGCCAAGGUUAUCCGAGAUGGGCAUGUUACUCGAAUCCGAGCGGAAGAAUUGGUUCCAGGAGACAUAAUUUCAAUCUCUGUGGGAGACAGAGUACCAGCAGAUUGCCGAGUACUCGCGAUUCAGAGCAACAGUUUUGCGGUCGACCAAGCUAUUCUCACUGGCGAGAGCGAGAGCGUUGGAAAAGAUACUAGCGUGGUGAACGAUAUCAAAGCCGUGAGGCAAGAUCAAGUCAACACUUUGUUCUCAGGGACAACGGUUGUUACCGGGCAUGCCACGGCAAUCGUGGUUCUUACUGGGUCCUCUACCGCCAUUGGUGAUAUCCACGAGAGCAUCACAGCGCAGAUCUCCGAGCCCACCCCUCUGAAGCAAAAACUGAACGAUUUUGGGGACACUUUGGCCAAGGUUAUCUCAAUAAUCUGUAUUGUUGUCUGGCUCAUCAACGUUCCUCAUUUCAACGAUCCAAGCCAUGGAAGCUGGGCAAAAGGCGCUAUCUAUUAUCUGAAGAUCGCUGUUUCUCUCGGUGUUGCUGCUAUUCCGGAGGGUCUGGCAGUCGUAAUUACAACAUGUCUUGCCCUUGGCACACGGAAAAUGGCCGCGAAGAAUGCAGUUGUCCGAAGCUUGCCUUCUGUGGAAACACUUGGUAGCUGCAGUGUGAUCUGCUCCGAUAAGACCGGUACUUUGACCACAAACCAAAUGAGCGUCAAUAAGAUCGUAUACAUUAACGAGGCUGGCAAUGAUUUGGAAGAGCUCGAUGUUGACGGGACGACGUUCUCUCCUAUUGGAAGUAUCAGAUCAAAUGGAACCGUGAUAGCUGAUGUGGCGGAGAAGUCAAGCACCGUUUUCCAGAUGGCCGAGGUAGCAGCUCUCUGUAACGAUGCUCAGCUGGCCUUCGACUCGAAAUCCGGAACAUACUCAAAUGUUGGCGAACCCACUGAGGGAGCUCUGCGCGUUCUGGUGGAGAAGAUUGGCACCCCUGAUUCGGCUGAGAAUAAAGCGAGAGCAAAUGUUUCGGCAGUGGACAGACUUCACCUCUCCAGCACCUGGUAUGAGAAGAAGAGCCCUCGUCUCGCUACUUAUGAAUUCUCCAGGGACCGCAAAAGCAUGUCUGUCCUUGUUGGAGACAAUACACAGCAGAGACUGCUUGUCAAGGGGGCUCCAGAGACCCUUAUUGAGCGGUGUACUCAUACGUUAGUUGGAGCGAAUGGAAAGAAGGUACCAAUGUCAAAGAGUCUGUCCGAGCUCUUGUUGAAGGAACUGGUAGACUAUGGCAAUAAGGGUCUCCGUGUGAUGGCUCUUGCCAGUCUCGAAGACGUAGGAUCCAAUCCACUCCUGAAAAAGGCCAAAACAACCUCCGAAUACCUACAACUUGAGCAAAACCUCACGCUUCUAGGUCUUGUUGGGAUGCUUGAUCCACCUCGUCCUGAGGUCGCUGGAUCUAUCAGAAAAUGUAAAGAAGCCGGUAUCCGAGUGAUUGUCAUCACUGGUGACAACCGCAAUACUGCUGAAACGAUCUGUCGUCAAAUCGGAGUCUUUGGCGAAUACGAAGACUUGAAAGGCAAGAGUUACACUGGCCGUGAGUUUGACAAUCUGAGCGAGAGUGAACAACUGGAAGCCGUUAAGACUGCCUCUUUGUUUUCCAGAGUUGAGCCAAGUCACAAGUCGAAGCUUGUCGACCUCCUGCAAUCAGCAGGUGAGGUCGUAGCUAUGACUGGUGACGGCGUCAACGAUGCUCCAGCCUUGAAAAAGGCUGAUAUUGGCGUUGCCAUGGGCUCUGGAACUGACGUCUCAAAGUUGGCUGCUGAUAUGGUUCUGGCUGAUGACAACUUUGCCACGAUCGAGGUUGCCAUUGAGGAAGGGCGUUCUAUCUACAACAACACUCAGCAGUUCAUCCGAUACCUCAUCUCGUCGAAUAUCGGAGAGGUUGUUUCAAUCUUCCUCACUGCAGCUGUUGGUAUGCCAGAGGCUCUAAUUCCUGUUCAGUUACUCUGGGUCAACCUCGUCACGGAUGGUCUUCCAGCCACUGCACUGUCAUUUAACCCGCCUGAUCAUGAUAUUAUGAAGAGACAGCCCAGAAAGAGAGAUGAGCGUCUGAUCGGUGGCUGGCUUUUCUUCCGCUACUUGGUGAUUGGCACAUACGUCGGUAUCGCCACUGUCGCUGGAUACGCCUGGUGGUUCAUGUUCAACUCUGAGGGACCUCAAAUUACCUUCUGGCAACUCUCCCAUUUCCACCGUUGUUCUUCAGCGUUCCCCGAGAUUGGCUGCGAGAUGUUUGCCAAUGAUAUGGCAAAGUCAGCUUCAACUGUUUCGCUCUCGAUUCUAGUCGUUAUCGAAAUGUUGAACGCCAUGAAUGCAUUGUCAUCUAGCGAGUCUCUCCUCACCCUUCCCCUAUGGGAUAACAUGAUGUUGGUGUACGCCAUCGCCUUAUCUAUGGCUUUACACUUCGCCCUUCUUUAUACGCCGAUCCUCCAGACCUUGUUCUCUAUACUUCCAUUGAACUGGAAUGAGUGGAAGGCAGUCCUAAUCAUCAGUGGACCCGUCAUCAUUAUUGAUGAAGUACUCAAAUUUAUUGAGAGGCAAUUGUUCAUGCAGAAGACCGCCCCCAUAGAUCAGAGGCCCAAGCAAGAAUAA